AUGAGUACCCAACCAACCAACCCAGCACCUAUUCAGCCUGUGCAACCUGCACACCCUAUUCAAACACCACAACUCUUACCAUUACCAGGAGGCAAGCGUGCUCCUGCCAAGUUCAAGGGAAAGUAUAACCAAGUCAAGACAUUCAUUCGUCACUAUGAGAAAUUAUGCGACCAAUGUUCAAUUACAACCGACCAAGAGAUAUGUGAGAAUGUUACCUUGUACUGUUCAUCUAGCAUCAGACGACUCAUAGAAAUAUUACCAAGCUUUAGAAGUAACAACUGGACUGAUCUGAAAGCAGACUUUAACAGCCUCUUUGAUGCGGAUCGGGAUGCCAAGCGAUACAAAGUUCGUAGCUUAGUGUCCUUUGUCAACAAGCGUCGGUCAGCAUCUAUAAGGACUUUGUCAGACUGGAAGAAGUAUACUCGGGAUUUUGUGGCUAUAGGAGGAUGGCUGUUAGCAAAAAGCAAAAUUUCAAGUAAUGACCAUGCUACCUACUUUUGGAAAGGCAUACCAAGGACAUUGCGUUCCAAGAUUGAAACACGGUUAUUAGUAGCCACACCCCUAAGAGAUAUGACAACCCCAUUCGCCUUCAACGAUGUAUCUAAAGCAGCAGAAAAGAUUCUGCAACGUGAUCGCUUUGAUACGGAUUUGGUAUAUUCAGAUACGGAUGACUCAGAAAGUGAAGAUUCAGAUAGCUCUAGUAACACAGACUCAGAUACAGACUCAAGUUCAGAUUCAGAGGAGGAAUACCGGAAGAAUCCCAAAUCUUCAAAGAAAGCAAAGCAUAAGAGGCAUUUACAUACCAGUAAGACCAUUUUGCGUAAGACUCGCUUUGAAGAUGGAAGCUCCGAUGAGGAAACCCCUAUUGCUAGGACACGGAAAGCAGUUCAUAAGCAACGUGCUGCUAAAAAUAACACUCAGGAGGAAGUAGAGAACCUAAUUCAACAACUUGGAAGGAUGAAAAUAGGGGAUGCUAAUUAUAGCACACUAUACUAUAAGGCUAUUACUCUCGACCCAAAGGUUAAAGAGAUUGUUGAAAGUCCAUUAGACUGGAAAGCUAAGGAAUAUUCAAUGGGACUAAGAGACAAUAGAUUCCCUACUGCAAGAUUUUCACCAAGACCUAAUUUCGCUAACAACACACACAAUGCCAUGGACAGCAGAAACAAUUUUAUUAACAUGAACAGAAAUACAAAUAGUAACUACAAUAGAAAUACCCCUAACUACAUGGACAAAAUGAUCUGUUUUGGAUGCGGAGAAGACACUCAUGGAUUAGCCGCGUGUCCGAAAAUAGAGGAAUUACUUACCAAAGGAGAGUUAGUAAGAAUGGAAAAUGGGAGAAUAGCAUUGAGGGGAGGAGUGCCCCUAAGAAAAUGGACGGGUCAGACAAUAAUAAACGCAUAUGAGAAUUGGAAGCGCUCGGCGCAAACUCACUUUGUAAAAUCCUGGGAAAGCGAAUAUGAGUCGGAGAGUGAGACGGACGAUCGAGAACACUGUUUAACAUUAGGAUAUGUCAGCGAUGAAGAGAGUGAAGAGGAGGAAUUAAGAACAUACCCGGUGUAUAGGACUCCAAAGGACGGAGCGCGGAAACGGAGUGAAGUGUUCGAUGGCGUCUAUCCGUCGAAAGGACGAGACGCGCGAGAAGAAAUAAAAAAAGAACAACGUCAGCUAAAAACAUCCCAGGGAAUCCCCAGAAUAGAACGGAAAGACUUACCUUUAAAAACAAUAGAAAAGAUGAACAGAGAAGAAAAAGAAAUGAGAGACGCACCAGAAAAGAAAGUACUUGUCAGGGACAAAGUACCUCCAAUAAUACAGGCGGCCAUCGAGAGGGCGCGGUACGACGCGCAGGACGAUGAUAUCGUCAUGGAGGACGAAGUGCUAGAAAGAAUAAAAUCAGUAUUAAAUCGAAUUUUAAAUAUACCGGUUGCACUUACUGCGGGAGAGAUAUUGGGCGUAUCGAAGGAGAUAUCGGGUCUGUUGGCCGAAUCAAUAAAACCCAGAACAAUGGUAAGAAAAGAGACGCACCUGGUAUACAAUCCGACAAAAGAAGCAUUAAUAGAAUUGCCGAUAAAAAUACAUGGGAACAGUCUCAAAGCGGUAAUAGAUACCGGAAGUCAGCUAAAUAUAGUAUCGGAACAUAUGUAUGAGAAAUUUAUCAAACUUCCGAUCAAUCGGAGCAAAACCCUAGUACUACAUGAUGCAAACGGCGGGAAAGGUCACCUUAAAGGACUUGUGUCUCAGGUACCGGUUAACAUUGGGGCUGUACUUACAACGGCCGAAAUUUAUGUAGGGGACUCAGUCCCAUUUGAUAUUUUAUUAGGGAGGCCAUGGCAAAUACAUAAUGUGGUAUCUAUACAUGAACGGCCUACAGGUACAUGGCUAGAAUUU